AUGGAUUCAGACAAUUCAGAUAAUUACGAUCAAGAAUUUUGGGAGUUAGUUGAAGAAGAAUUUAUGGACGACAGUGAUGAAGAACAACAUCUUCAAAAUGAAUGUCAAUUUGGAAGUUCCUCUAGGCCAAAGAGAAGAACUACGGUAGAUCGAAGUCGUGAAGAAGGGCACAAUCGAUUAUUCAAUGACUACUUCUCAGAAAAUUCAGUAUACACAGAUGUACAAUUCCAAAGAAGGUUUAGAAUGCAUAUGCAUGUGUUUCUUCGAAUUGUAGAUGCCCUCGGCAAUCAUGAUGAAUAUUUCCAAAUGAGGGUCGAUGCAACUGGUAAGAUGGGUCUUUCACCAUUUCAGAAAUGCACAUCUGCUAUUCGUAUGUUGGCAUAUGGGUCUCCCGCUGACAUUGUAGACGAAUAUGUUCGAAACGGUGAAAGUACCUCAAUUGAGUGCUUAGAAAGAUUCGUUAAGGGCGUGAAUGUUGUAUUUGGGAUGAGUAUUUGA